AUGAAAUAUCAAUUAGUCUCAUUAGGCAAAACACCAAUCACAAACGAAGGAAGUGGUAGUGGUACUGACGACUCCAACGUAGUCAUUGCUGGUAUAGUUAGUAGCUGUGUUGUAAUUAUCCUGCUUGUGUCCUUAACGAUCCUAAUCGCAAGAUGGAGGAAAAAGAAAGCAAAUUCUACCAGUGGAAGAUCAGCAAAGUGGAAAAUUGUCCACCUUCUCCACCAAGAGACCCCACCUCAGCGAGUGACUUUUAUGGAAGAGCUUGGUCGUGGUGCAUACGGAAAAGUCCACAAAGGUGUAAUGAUGAAAAUUGCAAGCGUCGAGGUUUUUUUCAAACCCAAAGAAGAGAGACUGGAUAUCAGUGAAGGCAUAGUUGUUGCUAUUAAAACACCUCUAGAAACGCGGAAAGAGGAAGGCAAAAGGCAACUUCUACAGGAGAUCGAACUCAUGAAGGAAAUUGGUUUUCACAAGAAUUUGUUACCUAUGCUGGGCUUUUGGGUCAAGUCAGAGCCCAUUUAUUUAAUAGUGGAAUAUCUUCCACAUGGGGAUCUUCUUCGGUGGCUGAGAAGCCAAAGAAGUCAGAUUAGAGCUAGAAAUGAGGCCACCUCGGAUGUCUUCAAAGAAUUACCUACAAGUUCGAAAACAGCUGAAAAUGGACAAGGAAUGGACGACUGUGAACUUCUAACAGACCACCCAGAUUUAGUAAGAGGCGAGCACGAUGUAUUUAGUCUGGAAGAACGAGAGCCAUUGACGAUGGAGACAAAACAUGGAUAUGAAACCACAAGAGGAUUCAUAGACAAACAAGCCAUUCCGGUCCAAGAAAACACCAUCAAAACAAAUACCUGCGAACAGGGCACGGACGAGGAAAGAGAAGAACUGAUUAGAAAGGAAAUUGUGACAAAGGGUGAUAUUGGCGGUCCGUCGUGGAGUCUCAUGAACAACGCUGUUCCACAACCAAGGCAUACCUCAGGUCGUUCCGCCUCUGUUGUUAACUUGAUAAAAACCACGACUACCUCGAAAUGUGAGGACGAAAAUGAGGAGCUAUCAGCAAAGGACCUUCUUUGCUUUGCGUGGCAGGUUGCGGAAGGAAUGAAUUACUUGGCCAGCAGAGGAUUCGUUCAUCGUGAUCUGGCUGCCCGCAACAUUCUUCUUGGAGAGGGCAGAGUAGUAAAGAUUGCCGACUUUGGCCUACUACGUCACACCGCAAAUGAUAUAUACGAAAUGAACAAUACGAAGAAAGUACCUGUUAAAUGGAUGGCACCUGAGGUCAUUUCAACCAAUAAAUUCACUUCCAAAAGCGAUGUAUGGUCAUAUGGAGUUUUUGUGUGGGAAUUAGCAACAAUGGGAGACACCCCGUAUCCUGGGGUUGACAACAAAGAUUUGUUUGUUCUUCUCAAAAUGGGACACCGUUUGGAGAAACCAAACAUUUGUUCUGAAGAACUAUAUUCUUUCAUGUCAGACUGUUGGAGAGACAAUCCAGACGAUCGACCGACAUUUGAACAAUUGAUAUCCACGCUUGAAGAAAUGAUGACAAGAGACACGCCUUACUUUGAUCCAAACAAAAUAACAACGAUAGACAGUUAAGACUGCAUAUGGCUACUGGUAUAGCACAAUUUUGUGUAGCAUUGAAAAGAACCAGGGGUUAUAUGAUGAUGAGGUAGCGUUGCAGAAGAUUUGUCUCGCAUGCAAAACAGAAAACCUGCCACACCCCACAUACCUAUGAGAGCCCUGUUCCACAAGAAAAAGACGAUUCAAGAAUAUAGUGAAUAAUUGACACUCAACUACUAAUGAAAUGGUAACAAGUUAUCAUAUUAAUAAUAAAAUAAUAAUUAUAAUAAUGAUGAUGAUGAUAACAAAAGUAAUCGUAAUAAUAACUUAUAGGGGCUAGGAGCUAGCUCAAGAACCUCACUGUUCCUCUGUCGAUCUAUCCCUAGGCUCUAAUAAUGAUUAAAUUAGCCUUCUUUUAAUAAUGAUUUGCCUGUUGAUUACAAAUCAUUUUCUCAUUUCUUUGCAAUUCCAUUUUUGCGAGACUUUUUUUUUCAUACAACAAGGCACUACGCGUUGUAGAAUAU